AUGUCGCAAAACCAGUACCAGAGCAACCCCUACAGCCAGCCCUACAGCCAGGCCCCCGCGGCCGAGGCGGGCUACGGCUACGGCGGUAACGCUGGCUACGGCCAGCAGGAGUCUCACGAGAUGCAGCCCUACGGCCAGCAGCAGCAGGCUCCCGCGGCCAGCGCGGGCGCCUCGGUCAUGUCGCAGCAGGACUUCCUCGCGCGCGUGUCGCACGUCCGCAGCGAGAUCCGCACCAUGACGAGCGACAUCCAGAGCAUCGGGCAGCUGCACCAGCGCUCGCUGGCCGAGGACGCCGGCUCGUCGUCGUCGCAGCUCGAGAACCUCGUGUCGCAGACGCAGCUGCGCAACACGAGCAUCCGCGACCAGCUGCGCUCGCUCGAGCGCGACGCCAACCGCACCAGCGACCCGGCCUCGCACGGCCUCAAGAAGCGCCAGUUCGACGCCCUCAGCGGCGAGUUCCGCCGCGAGCUGCAGGGCUUCCUGAGCGAGGAGUCGCAGUUCCAGCAGCGCUACCGCGACCAAAUCUCCCGCCAGUACCGCAUCGUCAACCCCGAUGCUUCCGAGGAGGAGGUCAGGCAGGCCGCGCAGCAGGACUGGGGCAACGAGGGUAUCUUCCAGACGGCUCUCCGGACCAACCGCACCGGCCAGGCCUCCGCCGUGCUCGGCGCCGUCCGCGCCCGCCACAACGAGCUGCAGCGCAUCGAGCAGUCCAUCACCGAGCUGAGCGGCCUCUUCCAGGACCUCGACACCCUGGUCGUCAUGCAGGAGCCCGCCGUCGUCCGCGCCGAGGAGCAGACCGAGCAGACCAACCAGCACCUGCAAAAGGGCAACGAGCAGGUCGACCAGGCCAACAAGCACGCCCGCAACCGCCGCAAGCUCAAGUGGUGGUGCGCCCUCGUCGUCCUCCUCAUCAUCCUCGCCAUCGCGCUCGGCGUCGGUCUGGGCGUCGCUCUGACGAAGAAAUAA